AUGGCGGCUGCGGCAUCAGCGGUGGGUGUCAGGCUCCGAGACUGCUGCAGCCGAGGCGCUGUGCUCUUGCUCUUCUUCUCCCUGUCCCCUCAGCCCCCGGCCGCCGCCGCUUGGCUGCUGGGCCUGCGGCCCGAGGACACUGCUGGAGGCCGCGUGUCCCUGGAGGGGGGCACCCUGCGCGCGGCGGAAGGCACCAGCUUCCUCCUGCGCGUCUAUUUCCAGCCCGGGCCCGCGGCGCCCGCGGCGCCGGUGCCCGCACCCACCCUUUCCCCGGGAGAGAACGGCACCGGCGACUGGACUCCGCGGCUCGUGUUCAUCGAGGAGCCCCCGGGAGGUAGCGGCGUGGCGCCCAGUGCUGUCCCCACGCGCCCCCCGGGACCGCAGCGCUGCCGGGAGCAGAGCGACUGGGCAUCGGACGUGGAAGUCCUGGGGCCGUUGCGCCCCGGAGGCGUGGCGGGUUCGGCUUUAGUCCAGGUGAGGGUGCGGGAGCUGCGCAAGGGCGAGGCAGAGCGGGGCGGCGCGGGCGGUGGCGGGAAGCUCUUCUCGCUGUGCGCCUGGGACGGACGCGCUUGGCACCACCACGGCGCCGCCGGCGGCUUCCUGCUGCGCGUCCGCCCGCGGCUGUACGGUCCUGGGGGGGACCUAUUGCCCCCAGCGUGGCUCCGGGCGCUCGGGGCGCUCCUGCUGCUCGCCCUGUCUGCCCUUUUCAGCGGCCUGCGCCUGAGCCUGCUCUCGCUGGACCCGGUGGAGUUACGGGUGCUGCGGAACAGCGGCUCGGCCGCAGAGCAGGAGCAGGCGCGCCGCGUGCAGGCCGUGCGCAGCAGGGGGACCCAUCUGCUCUGCACCCUGCUCCUGGGCCAAGCCGGAGCCAACGCGGCCCUGGCCGGCUGGCUGUACGCGUCGCUGCCGCCGGGCGUCGGGGGCACCGGAGAAGAUUAUUACAGCGAGGCAGGGAUUCACUUCCCGUGGCUGCCGGCGCUCGUCUGCACCGGAGCCGUGUUUCUGGGCGCCGAGAUCUGCCCCUACUCAGUGUGUUCUCGGCACGGGCUGGCCAUCGCUUCGCACAGCGUGUGCCUGACCCGACUCCUGAUGGCGGCCGCCUUUCCCGUGUGCUACCCGCUGGGCCGCCUGCUGGACUGGGCGCUGCGUCAGGAGAUCAGCACCUUCUACACGCGCGAGAAGCUGCUGGAGACGCUACGGGCCGCAGACCCCUACAGCGACCUGGUGAAGGAGGAGCUCAACAUCAUCCAGGGCGCCUUGGAGCUGCGCACCAAGGUGGUGGAGGAAGUGCUGACCCCCCUCGGGGACUGCUUCAUGCUGCGCUCCGACGCGGUGCUCGACUUCGCCACCGUCUCAGAGAUUCUGCGCAGCGGCUACACUCGUAUCCCCGUGUACGAGGGCGAUCAGCGGCACAACAUUGUAGACAUUCUGUUUGUCAAGGACUUGGCCUUCGUGGACCCCGACGACUGCACGCCACUACUCACCGUCACUCGCUUCUACAACCGGCCCCUGCACUGCGUCUUCAAUGAUACCCGGCUGGACACGGUGCUGGAGGAGUUUAAGAAGGGAAAAUCUCACCUGGCCAUUGUCCAGCGGGUGAACAAUGAGGGAGAAGGAGACCCCUUCUAUGAGGUGAUGGGAAUUGUCACCCUGGAGGACAUCAUAGAGGAGAUCAUUAAGUCGGAGAUCCUGGAUGAAACUGACCUCUACACUGACAACCGGAAAAAGCAGAGGGUUCCACACAGGGAGAGGAAGCGGCACGACUUUUCCCUAUUCAAGCUUUCUGACUCGGAGAUGAGGGUGAAGAUCUCUCCCCAGCUUCUGCUGGCCACACACCGCUUCAUGGCCACAGAAGUGGAGCCCUUUAAAUCUCUGUACCUUUCGGAGAAGAUCCUGCUCCGGCUCCUCAAACACCCCAAUGUGAUCCAGGAGCUGAAGUUUGACGAGAAAAACAAGAAAGCCCCAGAACACUACCUCUACCAGCGCAACCGCCCCGUGGACUACUUCGUGCUGCUUCUGCAGGGUAAAGUGGAAGUGGAGGUUGGCAAGGAAGGCCUUCGCUUCGAGAAUGGAGCUUUCACCUACUAUGGAGUCCCAGCCAUCAUGACCACUGCUUGCUCAGAUAAUGAUGUGCGGAAGGUUGGAAGCCUGGCUGGAUCCUCAGUCUUUCUGCCCGUCUCUGUGUCCCGUACCUUCGCCUUCAGCAGAGGGGACUCUCUGGCGGGCUCCCCAGUAAACCGGUCCCCUUCUCGCUGCAGCGGCUUGAACCGCUCCGAGUCUCCAAACCGCGAGCGCAGUGACUUUGGGGGCAGCAACACCCAGCUGUGCGGCAGCAGCAACAACCUGUACACUCCUGACUACUCAGUGCACAUCCUGAGCGACGUGCAGUUUGUGAAGAUCACACGGCAGCAGUACCAGAAUGCACUCACUGCCUGCCACAUGGACAGCUCACCCCAGUCCCCUGACAUGGAGGCCUUCACUGACGGAGACUCCACCAAAGCCCCUACGACCCGGGGUACGCCCCAGACCCCCAAGGAUGACCCUGCCAUCACCCUCCUGAGCAACAGGAACAGCCUGCCGUGCAGCCGCUCAGAUGGGCUGAGAAGCCCCGGCGAGGUUGUGUACCUGAGGAUGGAGGAGAUGGCCUUCACCCAGGAGGAAAUGACAGACCUCGAGGAGCAGAGCACACAGCAGCUCUCACUGUCUUCUGCAGCCAUUCCUACGACAGCAGCGUCAGACAGUGAAUGCUGUAAUAUCAACCUGGACACAGAGACAAGCCCCUGCAGUAGCGACUUUGAGGAAACCGUGGGCAAGAAGCUGCUGAGAACCUUGAGUGGUCGAGAACGGAAGAGGUCACCCGAUGGAGAGAGAGCCUCUGAGGAAAACUCCAAUUUAAUGCCCCUGAUCACAUGA